AUGAAUCUAUGUAAAUUUAGACUAGAGCUGGCCAAUGCACUAUGUAAUCUUGGCCUUCACAGCAAUGGUACAAAAAGGGGCCGCCCAAGCUUUUCAUCUUUAGAAGCUGAAUUGCAGUUGAAAAAGAAGCGUGGACCAGCACAAACUGUACCUCCUAAAGAUGUCCGCCAAGAUAAAAUCGACCACUGGCAAAAAUGGGGGGAUCGAGCCCGGUGUAAAUACCCGAAUUGUAAGGGCUACACGUUUACAUACUGCGAGAAAUGCAGAGUGAGCUUGUGCUACAAUAGAGACAAUAAUUGUUUCUAUAAAUUUCAUCAGGAAUAA